AUGUCAUAUUACGGACCAUAUCAAGGAAUGCCUCAACAGUAUAUCCAAGGGUAUUAUUAUCAAGAAUCUAAUGAAAAUUUACAUUUAAAUAAUGGAGGAUAUGAUUUAUAUAGAGAUCCCCAUUAUAUAAAUUCCGAUGACCAACCAUCAAAUUCUCAAAAUAGUAAUAAUCAAAGUAGUUCAGGAGGACCCGAUUCAUUAUCACCAAAUGGUAAUGAAUUUUAUGGAGAUGAUGGAAGUUAUUUAAGUAGUAAUGGAAUGAGUUCAAAUUUAAAUCAUUUAAUGUAUCCACCACCAAUUAAUAAUCAAUCACAAUUUGAUCAAUAUUAUCAUAAUCCUUCACAAAUUUUAGAUUUAAGUUCAUUAAGUAAUGAAUUAUCCCAAAUUAAUUCUGAUCCUUCAAUGCAUCAAUUACUGUUACCAACAAAUACUUCAUCAUUAUCACAAUUUAAUAAUUUGAAUUUAUCGAAUAAUCAUAUACCUUCACCAAUAACUAAUAAUUCAAAUUCAGUAGCUCCUUCAAGAACUGUUUAUUUAGGUAAUAUACCUAAUGAUAUUGAACCUCAUGAAUUAUUAGAUUAUGUUAGAUCAGGGAUUUUAGAAAAUGUUAAAAUUUUACCUUCAAAGAAUUGUGCAUUUAUUUCAUUUAUUGAUCAUCAACUGGCAUUAUUAUUUCAUUCUGAUUGUAUAUUAAAAAAAUUAAAUAUUAAAGGUCAUGAUAUUAAAAUUGGUUGGGGUAAAGAUUCACCAAUUUUACCUGCAGUUUUAGAAAGUAUUCAAAGAGAUGGUGCUACAAGAAAUGUUUAUCUUGGUAAUUUAAAUAAUCCAAUAACUGGUAAUUUGAUUACUGAAAAUGAAUUAAGAGAUGAUUUAAGUUGUUAUGGAAUUAUUGAUAGUAUUAAAAUCAUUCCUGAUAAAGGUAUUGCAUUUAUUCAUUUCUUAUCAAUUUUAUCAGCAAUUAGAUGUGUUGGUAAUUUACCAUUAAAAGAGAAAUAUUUAGGUAAGAAAUGUUUUUAUGGUAAAGAUAGAUGUGCUUUUAUUACCAAAACUCAACAACAUAAUGCUGCACAAUAUUUAGGUUUAGCUCCUGGUAUGGAACAUAUUGUUACUGCUGCUGAUAGAGAAUUUAUUUCAUCAGCUUUAGUUCAACAAAGCGCGGCUGCUGCUCAAAUUGCAACUCAUGCUGGUGGAGCCAAUAAUUUAGGUAACAGAACUGUUUAUUUAGGUAAUUUACAUCAAGAUUCAUCAGUUGAAGAAAUAUGUAAUGUUGUUAGAGGUGGAUUAUUACAAAGCAUUAGAUAUUUAAAAGAACGUCAUGUUUGUUUUAUAACAUUUAUUGAUCCAAUAGCUGCUGCACAAUUUUUCGCCAUGUGUCAAUUACAUGGUUUAACCAUUCAUAAUAGAAGAAUUAAAGUUGGUUGGGGUAAACAUUCUGGUCCUUUAUCAAAUGCUUUAAGUCUUGCAGUUUCCAAUGGUGCUAGUAGAAAUAUUUAUGUUGGUAAUAUCAAUGAUUUUAAUUAUUAUAAUCAAGAUAAGUUAAGACAAGAUUUUUCAACAUUUGGUGAUAUUGAACAAAUUAAUUAUUUACAAGAAAAGAAUUGUGCAUUUAUAAAUUUCAUCAAUAUUUCUAAUGCUAUCAAAGCCAUUGAUGGUAUUAAAUCUUUCAAUGAUUAUAAAGAUUUAAAGAUUAAUUUCGGUAAAGAUAGAUGUGGUAAUUUACCCAGACAAUUCCAACAACAGCAACAACAAAACCAUCAACAUCCCCAUAAUCACCACCAAAACGAUGAUAAAAGUUUGAAAUCUCCUCAACAUUCAUCAGAACCUGAAAACUCCUAG